CUCUCUAGCUGAGAGAACGGAACCAGAGAGAUGGUGAAAGGAAGUCGAGGUGGCCCUCGAUCUGGCGUCUCUGAAGGCUGUGGCUGCGGUUGCCGGUAGGCUAGGCUGGCGGCGUAUGGAAUCGAGGACUUGCGCGGAGGCAGAAUGCUUCCGGCUGGCGAGAUAGGCAAGGUGCGGGCAGCCUCGUGCUGCCCUGAAAGCGGUGACGAAAUGAAGAACACAGAGGAGAAAAGUGACAUGAACAUUGCAGCUCUUGUUGGAAGGGAGCAGCUCAUGCAAGAUAGAGAUGAUGAUCAGCUUCCCCUGAAUGUGUCUGCGUUUAUAGAAAAGGAAGUGGGAAAUGACCUUAAAUCUUUAAAGAAACUUGGCAAACUCAUAGAACAGAUGACAGAAAACAAAAUGAAGUUAGAAGAACAGGUACUUACAAUUUCAUCAGAAAUCCCUAAAAGAAUUCAAAGUGCUUUAAAAGAUGCAGAGGAAUCCCAACAAGUUCUUAAUCAGUUUCUGGAGCAGGAAACUCCUCUCUUCAGCUCCAUCACUAGCCAUUUGCUGACUGCACAGCCCUGGAUGGAUGAUCUUGGGGCCAUGAUCAACCAGAUAGAAGAGAUUGAGCAGCAUCUCACAUACCUUAAAUGGGUUUCACAGAUCGAAGAGCUAAGUGAUAACAUUCAGCAAUACCUGAUGACCAGUAAUGUGCCAGAGGCUGCCUCUAUCCUGGUGACCAUGACAGAACUUGACAUCAAGCUUCAGGAGUCGUCUUGUACUCAUCUUCUUAGUUUCAUGAGAGCCACGGUUAAAUUCUGGCAUAAAAUUCUCAAGGACAAGCUUACCAGUGAUUUUGAGGAAAUUUUAGCACAGCUUCAUUGGCCAUUCAUCACACACACCCAGUCUCAAACUGUUGGCAUAAGCCGGACUGCUAGUGCCCCUGAGGUGUAUGCUACCUUGGAGACACUGUUUUGUCAGCUGUUGAAACUACAAGCCUCAGAUGAAUUGCUAACUGAGCCCAAACAACUCCCAGAAAAAUAUUCUCUUCCUGCAUGCCCUUCUGUGAUCCUGCCCAUCCAGAUCAUGCUGACUCCCCUUCAGAAGAGAUUCAAGUACCACUUCAGAGGCAACCGGCAGACGAAUGUUAUCAGUAAGCCUGAAUGGUACUUGGCUCAGGUACUUAUGUGGAUUGGAAACCAUGCUCACUUUCUGGAUGAGAAGAUUCAGCCAAUAUUAGAGAAAGCAGGCUCUGCAGUCAAUGCAAGGCUUGAGUUUUCUCGGGGCCUUAUGAUGCUAAUACUUGAGAAGUUGGCUUCCGAUAUACCUUGCCUGCUCUAUGAUGACAAUCUCUUCUGUCAUUUGGUGGAUGAGGUGCUGUUGUUUGAAAGGGAGCUGCACAGUGUUCAUGGCUAUCCUAGCACUUUUGCUAGUUGUAUGCAUAUUCUGUCAGAGGAAACCUGUUUUCAGAGAUGGUUGACUGUGGAGAGAAAAUUUGCUCUUCAAAAAAUGGACUCAAUGCUUUCAUCAGAGGCUGCCUGGGUAUCCCAGUAUAAAGACAUCACUGAUGUGGAUGAAAUGAAGGUUCCAAACUGUGCAGAAGUUUUUAUGACUUUACUCUUGGUUAUAACUGACAGGUAUAAAAAUCUCCCCACAGCUCCUCGAAAGCUGCAGUUCCUGGAGUUACAGAAGGACCUAGUAGAUGAUUUUAGGAUACGAUUAACACAGGUGAUGAAAGAAGAGACUAGAGCUUCACUUGACUUUCGAUACUGUGCAAUUCUUAAUGCCGUGAACUACAUCUCAACAGUACUGGCAGAUUGGGCUGACAAUGUUUCUUUUGGUGAACCUGGAGAUUGUCCUUUUGGCAAGGCUGGCAGGCCGCUAAACCCUGGGAUCCACUCAGCUUUGCCUGCUAGUGCUGCAAUUACAGGUGCACAUCAACACAUCAAUGUUUACUUGGCUCAAGGGAAGUCUUUGUGUUUGAGCAGAAGGAACUUUACCCACGGAUCUAAAGCACUACUUCAGAAAAAGCAAAAAACAAAAACAACCACAUACCACAAUUACAUUGAAAAGAAUGUAUGCAAAGUGUAUUUUAAAUUCUUUCUGCAACUUCAACAGGCAGCACUGGAGGUCUUUGCAGAGAAUAAUGCCCUCAGUAAGCUUCAGCUGGGACAACUAGCCUCCAUGGAAAGCUCUGUCUUCGAUGACAUGAUUAAUCUCUUAGAGCGUUUAAAGCUUGAUAUGUUGACUCGCCAAGUAGACCACGUUUUUAGAGAAGUGAAAGAUGCUGCAAAAUUGUAUAAGAAAGAAAGAUGGCUGUCCCUGCCAUCUCAGUCUGAACAGGCAGUGAUGUCCCUGUCCAGCUCAGCCUGCCCACUUCUGCUAACCUUACGGGACCGUCUGCUUCAGCUGGAGCAACAGCUUUGUUUCUCCUUAUUCAGAAUCUUCUGGCAAAUGCUUGUAGAGAAGCUGGAUGUAUACAUCUAUCAGGAGAUAAUCCUUGCUAAUCAUUUCAAUGAAGGAGGAGCAGCUCAGUUGCAGUUUGAUAUGACACGGAAUCUUUUCCCUUUGUUUUCUCACUAUUGCAAGAGACCGGAAAACUAUUUUAAACAUGUAAAAGAAGCUUGCAUCGUUCUGAAUUUGAACACUGGUUCUGCAUUACUCCUGAAAGAUGUCCUACAGUCAGCUUCUGAGCACCUUCCUGCCACAGCAGCCUUAAAUGAAGUUGGAAUUUACAAACUAGCUCAGCAAGAUGUUGAGAUUCUGCUUAACUUGAGGACAAACUGGCCUAACACUGGGAAAUAAGGGUUGAGAAAAGGGUUGUUUAGCAAAGAAGACAGUUGUAUUAAAGUUGCCUGAUAAACUUCUGAAUUAAUGAAACUAGACAAAUGAAAACUUGGUAGAAUCAUUUGUUAUCUUGAGUUAGGAUGUCACUAAAAUAAUGACCAUGCUUCCUCCAUCCUUCUGUUCCUAAGAAAACAAAGAACAGAAAACUCAACCAAGAGAAGCAGAGUAAUUACAUGUUUAGGAUUACAAAUAGGAAUGUAGACAUCUGAAGACAGUGAGAAAGCAAAAGUCAGUAUAACUGACCUCCAUUUUGCUAAUCAAGGGGAGCUGUUGUAGAAAGAUGAACACACUCUAAACGUAUGUUGAUAAUUGAGGUUCCUUUAUUCAGUUUUGGAUUUCACUAUAUUUAUAUAAAUGCAUAGUGUGAUGGGAGUGGUGGAAGAAUUUAUAAUCCCAGAACGCUGAAGGCCGGGGCAGAAGGAUCACUGUGGGUUUAAGACUCGCCUGGGCAACAUAGUGAGAUUCUGUCUCACUAGAGAAAGAAAUGAAACAAAACAAAACUGCCCCAAACCAACAACAUAACGGUUUUAUGAGAUGGUGGUUAAGCUAUGGUUGUUCCUGUUAUUCAAUUCUUACGUCCUUCUAUUAAAGUAUUUCCUAGUUGUA